UCAAAUCCCAGAGCUUUUGAAGUGGAAUGAGCACAAAGGUCGUCACGGUGUUGAAACCUCUCCGGCCUCUGACUUACAAGUCAGCUAUGGAGUUUCUUCACUGGUUCACUCUGAAGAGAACAACAGGAGGUGGGGUUGGGUUGGGCAAACACUGCCCACUUUGAGGAGACACAGCAGCCCCUGGAGAGGGGGUGCAGUCAUCUCAUCAUGGGAAAUGCUCAGGCAUUCACAGGAAAAUGAGGCCCCAUUCACCAGGUCCACCACACCAGGUUACCAGGAACCGCUGCUGCUGGCUGAACUCAAGCCUGGACGUCCCCAUCAGUUUGACUGGAAGUCAAGCUGUGAGACAUGGAGUGUGGCCUUCUCCCCAGAUGGUUCCUGGUUCGCCUGGUCUCAAGGACACUGCGUGGUCAAGCUGGUCCCCUGGCCAUUAGAAGAGCAGUUCAUCCCUAAAGGAUUCGAAGCCAAAAGCCGGAGCAGCAAAAAUGAUUCAAAAGGACGAGGCAGCCUGAAGGAGAAGACUCUGGACUGUGGUCAGAUUGUGUGGGGGUUGGCCUUCAGCCCGUGGCCCUCUCCGCCCAGCAGGAAACUCUGGGCACGCCACCAUCCCCAGGUGCCAGAUGUUUCUUGCCUGAUCCUGGCCACGGGUCUCAAUGAUGGACAGAUCAAGAUUUGGGAGGUGCAGACAGGGCUCCUGCUUCUGAAUCUUUCUGGCCACCAAGACGUCGUGAGAGAUCUGAGUUUCACACCCAGUGGAAGUUUGAUUUUGGUCUCUGCAUCCCGGGACAAGACUCUUCGAAUCUGGGACCUGAACAAACAUGGUAAGCAGAUCCAGGUGUUGUCCGGCCACCUGCAGUGGGUUUACUGCUGCUCUAUCUCCCCUGACUGCAGCAUGUUAUGUUCCGCAGCUGGUGAGAAGUCGGUCUUCCUGUGGAGCAUGAGGUCCUACACACUAAUCCGGAAGCUGGAAGGCCACCAGAGCAGUGUUGUCUCCUGUGACUUCUCUCCUGACUCUGCCUUGCUCGUCACAGCUUCUUACGACACCAGCGUGAUUAUGUGGGACCCCUACACUGGCGAGAGGCUGAGGUCACUUCAUCACACCCAGCUCGAACCUGUCAUGGAUGACAGUGAUGUCCACAUGAGCUCCCUGCGGUCUGUGUGCUUCUCUCCUGAAGGCUUGUACCUCGCUACAGUGGCAGAUGACAGGCUCCUCAGGAUCUGGGCUCUGGAACUGAAGGCUCCAGUUGCCUUUGCUCCCAUGACCAAUGGUCUUUGCUGCACAUUCUUCCCACAUGGUGGAGUUAUCGCCACAGGGACAAGAGAUGGCCAUGUCCAGUUCUGGACAGCUCCCCGCGUCCUGUCCUCACUGAAGCAUUUAUGCAGGAAAGCCCUUCGAAGUUUCCUCACAACAUACCAAGUCCUAGCACUGCCAAUCCCUAAGAAGAUGAAAGAGUUCCUCACAUACAGGACUUUGUAGUAGCAGCCACCCCGACUCCUGUAGCAGAAGCAAUGCAAGGGACUGGCUUGGAUGGAGCCAGCAGAUGACACUGGACCCGCUGUGGACCUUUCUCCCCAUUGGCAUGUGCAAGUAGGUCUGAGGGACCCCACUUCCGUGGUGCCAGCCUUACCUCGUCUUCGUCCAUUGUGAGUGGCCUUCGUCAGUCUAGUUGUCUUG